ACCAGAACAUCCCUCAAAAACCUCCACAACACUCUUUAUCAUCUUAGCUGAAGUCUUUUCCUCUUCUUUGGAUUGCUUUGUCUUGAAUCUAAAUUCUGAGUGGGAAAAUACUAGUAUUUUUAUUUAUUUAUUUUUUUUGCGUGAAGGAAUUAUUUAUGUGUCCUUUGGCACUCCAAACGCCAACAGAUUGUGUUCGGUCUCAUCGCCAAGGGUCACUUGGGAGAAUCGGUUCACUUUUGACUCACUUGGAAGAUUGUGGACUGCGGACGUUUAAUUGAAAAGGAUAAAAAGGGCGAACGACUGUUUAUGCGUUUAAUCUUCUUAAAAAAGAUCACAACGGGCUGUUGCUGCAAGGACAGUGAUUGAAACUCGAAACAUGAGUUGCGCAAUGUUGCGACACGCACUCGCCGCUUGGUUGUUGGCAUUGCUGUGGCAAGGGCCCAGCAGCGCUCAGGCAACCGAGUUCAGCCAUGUGCCUGACAACAUUACCGUGCUGGAAGGAGAAAGCGUCGUUUUGAGAUGCAAGAUAGAUGAGGAGGUCACACAUAAGGCGUGGUUGAACCGAUCCAACAUCUUAUUUACGGGCACAGAUAAGUGGUCCCUAGACACCCGUGUAUCUCUGGUGAACAACAACAACAGUGAAUUCUCCAUUAAGAUUGAGAGAGUGAUGGUGGCGGAUGAGGGACCCUACACGUGCAGUUUCCAAGCCAGAAACCAGCCGCGUACAUCCCACGUCUACCUCAUCGUCCACGUGCCAGCCCGGAUAGUGAACAUCUCGCAGGAUAAAUCAGUAAAUGAAGGUGAUGAUGUGAACCUGUUUUGCCUGGCCGUGGGCAGACCGGAGCCAACCGUGUCCUGGAAGGACUUUAAAUACGGUCUCAUGAGCGAAGGGGAAUUUCUGGACAUCACAGAAAUCAAACGGCAUCAAGCAGAGGAAUUUGAAUGUGUCACCAACAACAACGUUGCGCCACCAGACACUCGUCGAGUCAAAGUCACGGUCAACUAUCCACCAAUAAUUACAGAUGUGAAAAACAUGCCCGCACAGCUGGGGAAAACUGCCAUUUUACGUUGUGAAGCAAUGGCUGUGCCCACUGCGUCCUUCGAAUGGUACCGGGAUGACCGACGGCCGGUAGAGAGUGAUAACUCACUAAAGAUUAAAAACGAGAAAACACGCUCCCUGCUGCUUUUCACCAAUGUCACAGAAAAACACUUUGGCAACUACACCUGUUUCGCCUCCAACCGUCUUGGGGCUUCCAACGCUAGCAUGCUACUCUUCAGGCCCGGGGCAGUGUAUGGUGGAGGGGUGUCUCUGCACGCCCGUUUAUCAGGAGUCGCCCUCUGGUUCUGCCUCUCCGUUUCUGUUCUGAUGAAGGUCUAAAACUUCCCCACCUCGGAAGGAGUCUUUAAAUACGAACCCAUCACUGUGAACAAAACGAAAUUAUGCAUUAAUCCAGGAGCCAUCGCUACAUCACCUUGGUCACACCUUCUCGUCCUAUUUCCUCUCUUAUUCACGCCCGAUCGCAUAUCACUGCUUCAUACCCCCUGCUGUGUUCAACGCUGGUCACCUUUUAACGUCCAAACCUGAUGUGUGAUGCAAAUGAUUUGAACGACAAGUAUAUAUCUGAGUAAUGUGUGAAAAGUGUGAAACGGCUCAUGUCUUGAUGUGCGUGCUGGACAUGCUGUUGUUGUUUGUGGGUUGUAAAUCUGUGAAUGUAACGGUGUUGACAGUGAUGGUUACAGUGCUCAAGAUCAGGUGACCCUCUAGAAGAGGUUCGUGGCAGUUCACCAGCGGGCCUAUUGGCCGUUGAAUCUCGGAUCUGAAUGCAGAGAUCUGAAUGAAUGGUAGUGCAUUCUGACAUACGUAGCUACUAUGAAUAAUGUCAAACCACAUACUUUCUAGCAAGGGUUAGAGGAAUGGGCAUCCAUCUUGGCGCCUUGUUUGCUUCAUUUUGGGGUCUUGACCAAAUGCAAACAUCUGACUCUUGUCCAGCCCUCAUUCUAUCCUCAGUCUGUCUAGUGGUUCAUCAAACAGAGCGUCGGUCCUUCACCCUCAGUGUAAAUAUUUAUGCAGUGUAGACGCCCCUCAUUCCAGUGAUUAAAAACAUUUCCCAUCAGCCUGUUUCAGCCUUUUUGGCUUGGAGGAUAUUGCUGCUUUCAAGUCACGUUAGAAUGAUCGUAUUUAUGAGAUGAGCGCUCAUACACCAUCACAAUGUUGUAAUUUCCAGUAGGAAACUUGGAAUUUUAACCCAGGACUUUGCGACUUGGGGGCAUGUCAAUAAAAGAAUCAUUGUGGAAACGAAUUGGUGAAUAUACAUGAACGUCACCAUAAUGUUGUAAUUACCACUUCGAAAACACUGGAUUUUCCUUAAGCCCCAACUUUCACGAGUUGGGGGCAUGUCAAUUAACUAAUCAUUUCGGAAACGAAUUAGUGAACGCACAUAAGGGCACCAUAAUGUCAUAAUUACCACUUCGGAAACAUUGGAUCCUCUUUAAAAUGCAACUUUACGAGUUGAGGGCAUGUACUGUAAAUGAAAUAAUAGUUGUGAAAACUAUUUGGUGAAUGCACACUUUGGAAACUUUUAAUUAUAUUUAAGCCUUAACUUUCUGAGUUGGGGUCAAUGUCAAUUAACUGAACGCCACCACAAUACCAUAAACACCAGUUGGUAUCUCUGUAUAUUAAACCAAAACUUACCAUGUUGGGGGCAAGUCAAUUAAAAAAUUAUUGCAGAAGCGAAUCGGCAUUGAUCGUAUGAAUUUAUUGUAAUUGUGAAUGUUGACUAUACAGUUUAGUUUGUGUGCAUUGUGUGUGCUGUUAAUUAAGAACAGCGUGUUAAAGUAGCCAGAAAUACAACACAUUUUACUGGUUUAUGAGACAAUAUAAUGCAUAAAUCGCAAACCUAAUGCACAUUUUUUGCUCUUUAUUUUGUUGCACUAUUGCUAAAAAAAGCUUCCUUUUUUUGUCAGGAAGUAAAAAAAAAAAAUAGCUCAAUUCAUAUAUUUCAUUCCAAUCAUCACAUCAAACUCUUAAGUAUGAAGUUUCCAAGAGGACUUGAAAGCAGCAAAACUUUCUGGUGUCUCCUGCCCUGAAGCAAAUCAUCAACUUGUUGCUUGUGGAUAGCAUGUACCGGUUAGAAAUGUCCCUCUUGUGACCUCACUUCCUGCACCGACCCCUGUUUUAACCCCUGCACUGUGUACAUUUUAAUCUGCAAGGUUAACUGUAUUACUUUUUUGGUGUUAAUAAUGAUGAUAAUAAUAAUGAUGAUGAUGAUGAUGACAAUGUUAAUAAGUAUUUAAAUUAAUAUGAUAGUAAUUCCAUGUGAGAAAAAAAACGACAGAGCUGAUCGCAAGCCGUGUGUGAAAAUAUUUUGUACUAAAAUCACAUUCAUUGACAACAAAAGUUUUUCAAGUGAUGUGCUCUGUUUUUCCAUGAUUAACUUUUAAAAAAUGGAAGUGAUUUGAGUCGACCUGUCCAUAUGCUUCAUUUUUCCGCAAGCCUUUCAAAGUACACUCUUUUGACCGCACUUGACAUAAUCGCUAUGAUUGCUAUGUGAUACUCUUUAGGACAGUUAAAGGUAGGGGAAUGUGCCAACGAUGCGUAUUGACUGUCCGUGUAUCUAGAAAAUCUAGGCUGCACACAGACAGUCUGUGUGUGCUGUGCCGAUGACGAAUUUUGCGUCACAGUACGCGGAAAACUGAAGUAUACUUUGGCCUUAAAAAUAGAAAUCCAAGAAAUGUAAGAGCGCUUACACACUAGAGAAAGUUAUGGUGGAGCGUUGGAUGGAUAGAAAUGCAUAAGAUCCGUUUUGAGGGUGUGGAAAAACCGGUUAGUUUGAAAUCAAGUGGGAAUACCGUGUAUUGGAUUUCCAGAAACACAACUGGACCCGCCUGUCUGAAGGUCUCAUUGGUCAAUGGAUGCUUACAUCAGAGGGCGUUGCAGCAAAAGUUUUGGUUGCAUGAUGGAGCAUCGCUUUCACGAACACUUGCAUUUUUCCUCUAUGUCUUUGCGACACACUAUCCCUGUUGAAAUCAGUGGUUUAGCCACAUUCUCUGACACAGUGUAAACUCUAGUGUGUAUGCGCCCAAUAUAAUUUAAAAUGCGUAUGUAUCCAUGCUGUUUAUGACUGUAAUGUAUUCUGCCAUAAUGAUGUAACACUCAUUUCUGGUUCGGUGACCAAACCCAAAAUAUUCUGCAAUUACAUGCCAACAUCUUGGUCUUAUGCUGCGUUCCAUUCCAAGUUGGAUAUUUGUACUUAUGGUUGGAACUAAAUUAAAAAGGCAUUCACAAUGCGCAGAAGAUGAUGCCUCAUAAGGAAACAAAACGGUCGGCAACACUACUGUUAGCUUUGCAGGUGUUGGAUCAUCAACGAAGAAACCAAAUUGCAAUGCUACUCAAUGCUAGCUGCAGUUGUAAGCAAAACAUAGGAACAUUUACCAUCUUUUACACACAGAAACGUUUGCUCAACAGGGUUUUUAUAAAUCUCGUAAAGUAGGAACGCUGAUUUAGCGAUCUCUCUGAGUGCCACCAUGUUCGCUUGACAUCAUACACCCAAAAAUCUAAAUUGCAGUUGCUUAUUUCCGCACUAGUUUUCGACUUAAAGUGCUGUUCUGUUGAAAGAUGGAAAUUCUAACUUUCCGAGUGAAUGGAACACAGCAUUAGAGUCUGUGAGCAGCCCUUUUUUUUGUCAAAAGAGAAUCAGAUUAGCGGGAAAUAAAGAUGUAAUUAGCCUGCAACUGUGACUCGCUAGCGGACCAUCAUAUUUUCUCUGUCCCCCAUCUGGUGAGCGGCAGAGCUCAUAAAUCAAGCUCAGUCCUGGCGCUGACAGAUCCCUCUUCAAGGACAGCUGUGCCUUUGACUCGAGUCUUAAGCCCGAUGUGGAGUCCAAUCCCCGACAGGCUAAUUAACCUCCACUUAAGAGCACACAGUAAAGAGGCUUUGACGUAACGCAGCAGUGUGCAUCUUAACGCACUGUGGCUGCUGUGGUUUAUGCAUCUGUUCACAAUGACCCUGCAUGAGUGCAUCAUUUCUGACCGUUAUGUUUCUAAUGCUAAUGCUGUACAUACUAUAACACGAUAAUGUAUAGUUGCUGUGUCUCAUUAUUUAAUUUCAACCAGCAAUAACACCAAAAUAAAAUUUAAACCUAGUUAAAGUCCAAUUUACAAAGUCUAACGGGCACUAUGCCAUUAUUACAAAGCUAAAUGAAUCUACAAAAUGCAGUGUAUUUGUACAAUGUGCCCGGAUAAUAGGAGAUUUUACGCACUGCAAGACACAUAUUACAAAUCAUAGUUUGAAUGCAAUAAUUUUGCUUUAGAAAACUUCUCCUCCGGUUGUCCUGUUCAAUUGCUCUCCGAUGUACAAAAAUCACAUACUGUUUAGUAGCAAGUACAGCAUGUUCAAAAUUUUGUCCAGAAGUACAUACAUUAGUACAUUGGCCCCAAAAAGUAUUUAGACACUUAAGGCAAACUUGAAAAUGUGUAGAUGUCUUCGCAAUAAAUACAAUAUCAAACCAAGAGACCCUCGUGCAAAACAUUUCACAAAAAAUGUGUUGGGAUGUUAAAUGAUAAAAACAAUAGAUACAUAGUAAUCAAAUGAAGAAAAUAGGCAUCUGAACACUUUGAAAAACCAAAGUAUACUUUGACCUUAAAAAAGAGAAAUUGAGGAAAUAUAAGAGCACUUACACACUAGAGAAAACUAUGGUGGAGUGUUGGACGAAUAGAAGUGCAUGAGAAAUACAGCACAAACUCUUCGUGCAAAACAUUUCACGAAAAAAUGUGUUAGGUUUUUAAAUUAUAAAACAAUAGAUACAUAGUAAUCAAAUGUAGAAAAUAGGCAUUUGAACACUUCGGAAAACCUUGGCCUUAAAAAGAGCAAUCACGGACAUACAUUCAUAGUAAUCAAAUGAAAAAAAAUAGGCAUUUGAAUACUUUGAAAACACUUGAUUAAAAGUCGAAGUAGAAAACAAAUGGCUCAGAAAAGUUACGAUAGUUCUGAGAAAAGCUUGAGCAUGACACUCUAAUGCAAUGACAUUCAUGCAUUUUUAGUUGCGACUCGUGUCCAUAUAGUUUUGGUACAUAUAUGGAUUAUAUUUUAAGCACAAAUGCAGGUAAGGGGGUCUCUUCAACUUUUGAUCUCGCUUUUUAUCUAGUCAUAUUCAUGUUAGCAUCACCAGUCCAUCUCUGUGUACAUGUGUUCUCAACAAAUAUAAGAAAACAAAAACAAAAACAAAAUGUGUAUGAAAUGUCGUCGCAAUUCUCGAUGUGGGUAUAAAGCAUGUAAAUGUUUGUUUUGGGUGGAGAUUUGUUGGAUGUCUGAAUAUUGAUGUGAUGUGAUGGAGCACUGUUGGUGUGUUAUGGGAUGGGAUCAUUCUCCCCUCAUGAUUCCCGCUCCAAGAUUCAGACUGAGAGGGGACUGAGCUAGAGGUCUGGUGUGGAGGAGGGACGGGGUUUUGGGACACCUGGACUUGAGCAGGUUUUAAAUGGUUUCUGUGAUUAGAGACGGAGCUCUCAGCGAAGGGUAGACGGAAUGAACUGGGAUGAAAUUUGUAUGGGACAAUAACAAAGACUUAAAAGAAAAUACUGCAGAUCUGAAUUAACAUAAAUCGAACAAAAAAUUAUGCUUAAAAUAUUUGCCAAUGGGUAAUAAAAAACAUUUACAGCACUUCAAGAUCUAUUAACUGAAAACAGCUCAUAAUAUCUUAAAUUAAUUUAUCUUGUUUUAAGGAUGUUUAGAUAUUUUUUACAGGAAAACGAGACAAACAUACUAAUUAAGAAAAUCAUUUUUUGAAUGGUGUAGGAAGGCAUUAAGAUGUGUCUGAAUCCAAUGUUGGCAUAACAUCCUGUCAGCUAGGCAGAGGUAUUAUCGCUAAAAUAUUACAAAGGCGAUAACCUAGUAAAAAUACGUUCUUUAAAUCAAAUAAUAAGAACUUGAGUUCUUGGAGGAGUGCAAAAGAAUAAAAACUAAGCCGAAAUUAUAAAUGUGCACUGCAAUACAAAACAAAAUGCUAUAAAAUUACAGAGAAAUGUUUUUGUAAUUUUAAUGUGUGUUAGAUGUUGCAAUUCAACCUUAGUAGGUACCUUCAUACAAAAGCGCUGUCUUUUAAGUCAUCGACUGACUCGGCAACAAGGCUUGGGAUGUGAAAAUGUCCUCAACUUCAUGAAAACAGCACAACAGUAAAUUUGAUGUUUUUUUCACAUGAAGCUCAAGCCUAUGAAUCUUAAAUCAAAUUCAAAGUGGAUGUGUCCCAGAUUAGAUCCCAUUAAAUGUGAACAAACCAACAGUGAAGUCCUGGGUCUUUAUAUAAUGUUAAUGCAGUAAGUGGGCCACUAGUGGGCGCUAACAAAUCACUCUGCAACAUCUCUGCUUCCUUAAACUACUUUUGAUUGGGCAUGAUAAAUCAUAUACAAGAGCACAAAAGUAUUUAUCCAUACCCUUUAAGCUAUCUGAGUAUAAUUAGUGCAAUAAAAAAAGAUAAUGAAAAGAAUGUUUGAUUAAGCUGUUUUUCCACCAGUUCUUUUUCAACAUCUCUUCAGUUGCUUUUGGUAUUGCAUGUGUUUUUUUCAGAAUGUCCAUAUUGCAUUAUUAAUGCAAUAGCCUACAUACAACUUAAAUAUGUACAGAGAGAAUUUACUUUUAAAAUGUCAGUGACUAUUGAUACUGUGUGUCUUGAAACAAUAUACUGACAGUUUGCAUGUAGAAAUAGAAAAUACAACGUGGGCAAAUGUUAGAUAGUCUGAACAUUGGUAGUCAAAAUCAGAUAUAGCUGACAAAUACAAUAUGAAUUAUAAGAUACAGAUCCUCAUUAUUGGUACGUAUCAGUUAUAUCACAAGAUUAUUUGCUGCCAAAUAUGGGAAAUGCAGUACAAUACGAGCAAUAGUUAACUUCAAAUGCCCAUGCCAUUGAACCAGAUGUGUUAUUUAGGUAGCUAGCUAUUAACUUGUUGACUUUACUUGUUCACCAAGAUUCUAUUCAACAAAUGGUGCCUUGAUCUCAUUGUAAAAGAAAAUCAAAUUAAUAAAAAAUAAAAAAAUGCUAAUUCUGACUUUAUAUGUCACUAUUUCUAAUAAUAUUGACUUUAUUUCACAUAAUUGCAACUUUAUAUCUCGCAAUUGGGACUUACUCGUAAUUGUUACUUUAUAUUUAGCAAUUACGACUUUAUUUCUCGUAAGUGUGACUUUAUUUCUCAUAAUUGUGACUUUAUAUCUCACAAUUGCUAAGUUAUAUUUCGCAAUUGUAACUCUCCCGUAAUUGUGACUUUAUUUCUCGUAAUUGCUACUUUAGAUCUCGCAAUUGCUGUUAUAUCUCGCAAUUACAACUUGUAAUUGUGACUAUAUGUAGCGAUUGCGACAAUUAAUUGUAUUUAUUAAUUUUAUUUUUUAUUUUUUUGUAAUUGUGACUUUCUCGUAAUUGCAACUUUAGAUCUAGCAAUUGUGACUUUCGUGUUAUUGUGACUUUAUAUGACUUAAUUUCUUAUAGUUACGACUAUAUUUCUCGUAGUUGUGACUUUCGUAAAUGCAACUUUAGAUCUUGUAACUGUUAAAUUAGAUCUCUCAACAGUGGGUUUUUUCUCGUAAUUGUGACUUUAGAUCUAGCAAUUGCUACAGUAUGUUAUAUCUCACAAUUGCGACUUUCUUGUAAUUGUGGCUUUUUCUUAUAAUUAAAUCUUUACUUCUCGUAGUUGUGACUUUCGUAAACGCAACUUUAGAUCUCUCAAUUGCUACAUUAUAUCUCGCAAUUGCGAUUUCUUUUUCUCGUAAUUGUGACUUUAUUCCUCAUAAUUGCGACUCUAUAUCUCAAAAUUGAUAUAUAUAUAUAUAUUGCAAUUGUGACUUCCCCGUAAUUGUGACUUUAUACAUAGCAAUUGCAACUAUUUCUUGUCAUUGUGAAUUUAUUCCUCAUAAUUGCGACUCUAUAUCUCAAAAUUGAUAUAUAUAUAUAUAUAUAUAUUGCAAUUGUGACUUCCCCGUAAUUGUGACUUUAUAUGUAGCAACUGCUAAUUUAUUUCCCGUAAUUGUGAUUUUAUUUAUUGUAAUUGUGCCUUUUUCUCAUAAUUGUGAAAUAAAAUUAUCGUAAAUGCAACUUUAGAUUUUGCAAUUGCUAUGUUAUAUCUCGCAAUUGUAACUUUAUUUCUUGUAAUUGCAACUUUAGAUCUAGCAAUUGCUAGGUUGUAUCUCGCAAUUGUGACUUUCUUGUAAUUGUGACUUUUAUAUGACUUUAUUUCUUAUAAUUACGACUUCUCAUAGUUGUGACAUUCGUAAAUGCAACUUUAGAUCUCGCAAUUGUUAAAUUAUAUCUCGCAAUUGUGUUUUUUUUCUCAUAAUUGUGACUAAUUAUGUUAUAUAUCGCAAUUGCGACUUUCUCGUAAUUGUGACUUUAUACAUAGCAAUUGCAACUAUUUCUUGUCAUUGUGAAUUUAUUCCUCAUAAUUGUGACUUUAUAUCUCACAAUUGCUAAGUUAUAUUACGCAAUUGUGACUCCUGUAAUUGUGACUUUAUAUGUAGCAAUUGUGAAUUUAUUUCUCGUAAUUGUGACUUGUAAUUGUGGCUAUAUGUAGCGAUUGCAACAACAAUUUUUUUUAUUAUUGUGACUAUUUCGUAAUUGUUUAUAUUAUAAUUCAACUUUAUAUCUCACAAUUGUUACAUUAUAUCUUGCAAUUGAAAUUUUUUCUUAUAAUUUUUACUUUAGAUCUAGCAAUUGCUAUGUUAUAUCUCUCAAUUGUGACUUGUAAUUGUGACUAUGUAGCAGUUGCAACUAUUUCUUAUUAUUGUUACUUUAUUUCUCGUGAUUGCAACUUCAGAUCUCGCAAUUGCGACUUGUACUUGUGACUAUAUGUUGCGAUUGCGCCAAAAAAAAAAAUUUGUCAUUGUGACUAUUUCUCGUAAUUGCAACUUUAGAUCUAGCAAUUGCUAGGUUAUAUCUCGCAAUUGUGACUCGUGUAAUUGUGACUUUAUAUGACUUAAUUUCUUAUAGUUACGACUUUAUUUCUCAUAGUUGUGACUUUCGUAAAUGCAACUUUAGAUCUUGUAAUUGUUAAAUUAGAUCUCUCAAUAGUGAUUUUUUCUUGUAAUUGUGACUUUAGAUCUAGCAAUUGCUACAGUAUGUUAUAUUUCACAAUUGCGACUUUCUUGUAAUUGUGACUUUAUAUGACUUUAUUUCUUAUAAUUAAAUCUUUACUUCUCAUAGUUGUGACUUUCGUAAAUGCAUCUUUAGAUCUCGCAAUUGUUACAUAUCUUGCAAUUGCAAUUUUUUUCUCGUAAUUUUUACUUAAGAUAAUUAAUUGUAUUUAUUUAUCACACAUUAGCACAUAUACAGUGGAAAUCUCUCAGUCAGCCAUGAUAUGGUGCCCCUGGAGCAGACAGGGUCAAGGGCCUUGCUCAAGGGCCCAACAGUGGCAUCUUGGCAGUGCUGGGGCUUGAACCCCCAACCUUCUGAUCAGUAACCCAGAGCCUUAACCACUAAGCCACUACUGCCCCAGCUUUAGCAAUUGCGACUAUUUCUUAUUAUUGUGACUAUUUCUCGUAAUUGCAACUUUAGAUCUCACAAUUGUGACUCUUGUAAUUGUGACUUUAUAUGUAGAAACUGUGACUUAAUUUCUUUUAAUUUACUUUAUUUCUUAUAAUUACGACUUUAUUUCUCGUACGCAGUUGUGAUUAUUUCUAAUAAUCACAACUUUAGAUCUCACAAUUGCUGCAUUAUAUCUCGCAAUUGUCACUUUAUAUGUUGUAAUUCGACUUUAUCUCUAGCAAUUGCGACUUUAUUUCCUGUAAUUGCAUGAAUUACGAGAAAUAAAGUUGCAAUUGCUAAAGAUAAUGUCACAGUUACAAGAAAUGGCAUCGCAUUUGCGAGAUUUCAAGUCAGAAUUACCUUUUUUAUUUUUCUUCCGUAGUGAGAUCAAGGCAAUGGCCUGAAAAAGAAGACUACAUUUAUUACACUAAUGUCUGCUAUAGCAUUAAAUACAAUUGCAAUGUGUCAUGAGUUACAAACUGAUACAUUUGAGAACAAUGCAUGAAAUAGAGCUUGCGUAAAAUGUAAAUAGUUUUUAAAAACGCAUCUCGAGACCCUAACGUUCCUAAAUUCAGUUCAGUUGCUUUCCGUCUUUCCAGUUUUUGAACACAACAAUAUGUCCUGUGUGAUCGCCCGCUAGAGAGACUAUUGAGUUAAAGCAGCCAAAGGAAGGCAUUUUGGUUUGAAGUACAUUUGAUGAUGCAUGACAUUGUGAUGCAUGAUUUUCAGUAGUAGAUAGGUAGAUAGAUAUGUUAGUAGGAAGAUAGAUAGAUAGAUAGACAGACAGACAGACAGACAGACAACAAUUUUUCUUAUUUCUACCAAAGUGCCGGAAUACAAAUCCACACAUUGCUCACCCCCUUACUCAAUUUCCUCCAGGUAAUCUAUGCACGAAUAAUGCAAUGUGUUUUAAAGAUUCUAUUAACUAUAAAAAUAUACAUACACAUGCAGUUCAACAAAUUCAUGUUCAACUGAAAAGCAAUACUACUUCAAUAAUACAUAUAAUCAAGUUAAAUGCCUAAUUUGUAUUGUCUGUAUAUUUCCAACAAGGAUCCUAUUUUCAACCCCACUUCAGAAAGGUUUUUGGGUGCUUAUUAAAAAAACAAAAAAAAAACAUUAAAAGUUAAAAUCCAAAUAUUAUCCCCUAUAUACAUAUAUUAAAUUCAAACAAGAACUUAACAUUUUAGUGCAAAAAAUAUAAGACAUUUCCGCAACACACCACCCUCAACACACACAAGGACCGAUCAGUUCCAGUGCAAAACACAUCCUCGCCAUUUACUAGACUUUUCAACAAUCUGACAGGCCAUCUCAAUUUCUUUGCCGUUUCUUUUUUUUUUUUUUCUUUUGCAAGCCUGAGCGAAACCGCAUAAGAUGCCUUUAGUGAUUGUAAAAUAGUCACUGAACGAAUUAUGCCAAAAAGAAGAAAUCGAAACUAAUCUUUUGCAGUGCUGUAGAUUUGGGGGGAAUGCUGUGAAGAUGGUGAUUUGUCCCCUCCAAUCAUGCAUCUGUCCUUGUUUAUAUAUUUUUUAUCAACGCUGAAAAUUUAGUAUGAGAUACCUUGUUAUUGCAUGACUGUGAGUCUGUCAUAAUCAGAGGUUCCCCUCUCAAUUGUACGACUUGGUAUUGCCAAACUAGUGUCGCAAAAUCCCCCUCUAGCAUAGACGGCAGUGUCACCUGGUACCUGUUAUUGUUUUCAGCGCUGGCCAGGAUGGGCCAAUCACAGUUGAUUAUUAUUACUGAAUGAGGAUUUUUAAAAAUGCUUUCUUAGAUAAUGCUGAAACGGAUUUCCAUUCACAGGUAUGAACGCUUGCAAUUAUCAGUUUUUAUUAAAAAUAACAAUCCAGUUACGAUAUUAAAUGUUCUGAGAUUUAAAUGCGGAUGCACGUAGGAUUUGGUUUUCAGAGCGUCAAGCGCCCCCUGCAGGAUGGAUGGAUGGAUAGAUAGAUAGAUAGAUACUCUCUUCAUUGUAAUUCCAUGUAUUUUAAAGAAACAGAUGGUUUUAUGUCAAUCAUUUGCAUUUGUUUGAACAAGAACUCACUAAUUACUUAUGUGCAUAAUUAUACUAAUUCCUUUGUCAUAACACCGCAUAACCAUUAAGAAAACAUUACAGAGCCAGUUCCUGCAAAAUCAGUGGGUUUGUGACCCACUGUGGUGAAUUUCAAUAAGCAUUUCAUUCCGAGUCAUGCUGAAUGUCAACAAUGCAUGCUGUUUUUCUAGCAAAGUGAAGUCUGCACUGUCAGUCAUGAUGGUAAAUACAGAUAAUUACCCAGUGACAGUUUGUUUUUGAGCAAGUUUGUAAAUCAGUUGUGCCCAUCUCCCUUUCGCUGUACUGCAAAAAAGUCUUGUUUUCAAGUUAAAAUAUCUAAACAUCCUUAAAACAAGAUGAAUUUACUUGAGAAGCAAAAUUGCAUAAGAUAUUAAGACUUGUUGACAGAGAUUAUAUCUUGAAUAAAGUUUAUUUUUCUUACCCCAUUGGCAAAUUGUUUUUUAUUUCUUGUUUUUAAGCAUAAAUCCAACAAACUGUAGUGAUGUUUAUGCUUAAAAACAACUUAAUUCAAGAUAUAUUCUUUUUGUUGUAUACAGUUUUUCUCUUAGUAAAUGUAUCUUGUUUUAUGGAUGUUUAGAUAUUUUUACCUGAAAACAAAUAAUAAAAAAAAGUGAUUAAUAACGUGCUUUUUUGCAUGUUUUGUCCUUCCCUUUUAUUCCCUGUCUCUUCUCCUUUCCUCCACCCCCUGAUCCAAGCAUCUCAUCAGGGUUAUGUACCCCAGACCUCCACUUCAGUAUCUCUGUAUAAUAGCUGUUUAUGUGUGUGUGAGUGUGUGUAUGUCUGUGUACAUUCUCUGGCCUUCUUACGGCAGGUAUGAAGGUUUGUGAUUCUGUUUCAGACAAAUGGAUUUUAUCCCCCAUAACUGUCGACUAUCCAAGAAAUCAAUGACGCAACUGAACAACAGUGGAAAGAACAGAACGUUGUCUUCCACAACGACACAUUCUGUGCUGUGAUGUAAUGUUUCUUUGAAGUAAUUUGUUUUACAGUUUUUCUGUCAUUUCUUUUUAGGUGUGUGUAAAUUUUUUAAUCCAUAAGGAGGAGAAAAAGUAAAGAACUUAAACUGAAGGAGAAAAUAAAAAUGAAUUUUGUUUUUAACAUAA